AAGGAUUUACUACAUCGAAUCGCAUCUUUUCAUCCUGGAAAAAAAGUUUUUGAUCAUUUUAUUUACUUCGGUUUUUCCUUUUUUUGAUUCGGCGGAGAACCCCGCUUGGUCCCCCGCGUCGCGAUUUUUCCAUGCAAUCGUGCGGCGUGUCUGUCGCCGCUGCUGCCUGCGCUGCUGCUCGGAGUCUCGGCUCGGCUUCUUCUGGUGGUGAUGAGGGAAAGAAAAUGGCGGCGGGAAAAGCGAGUGAAACAGAGGAGGACUUUCCGACACUGACAGCCCAGGAGAGGGACAGUUUGGUCGGGAUCGACAGCUCACUGUUUGGAUUUCAGAAGCUUCAUGAAGAUGGCGCCAGAACGAAGGCCCUGUUAAUGAAGGCUGUCCGCUGCUACGACUCGCUCAUCCUUAAGGCCGAGGGCAAAGUGGAGCCUGAGGUAUUCUGCCAGCUCGGCCACUUCAACCUCCUCUUGGAGGAUUACCCAAAAGCAUUAUCGGCAUACCAGAGGUACUACAGUUUACAGUCAGACUACUGGAAGAAUGCUGCCUUUCUGUACGGCCUGGGAAUGGUCUACUUCCACUAUAAUGCCUUUCAGUGGGCGAUCAAAGCAUUCCAGGAGGUGCUGUACAUUGACCCGGGCUUCUCCCGCGCCAAGGAGAUCCACUUACGUCUGGGUCUCAUGUUCAAAGUCAACACAGACUACGAGUCAAGCCUAAAGCAUUUUCAGCUGGCUUUGAUUGACUCCAACCCCUGCACUUUGUCCAAAGCUGAAAUUCAGUUCCACAUUGCUCAUUUGUAUGAGAUUCAGAAGAGAUACCGGGCUGCCAAGGAGGCAUACGAGACCCUCCUGCAGACGGAGGAUCUUCCUGCACAGGUGAAGGCCACUACCCUGCAGCAGCUAGGCUGGAUGCAUCACACAGUGGAGCAGCUCGGGGACAGAGCCAGCAGGGACAGCUAUGCCAUCCAGUGUCUGCAGAAAUCUCUGGAGGCCGACCCAAACUCUGGACAGUCCUGGUACUUCCUUGGCAGGUGCUACUCUAGUAUUGGGAAGGUCCAGGACGCCUUCAUCUCCUAUCGGCAAUCCAUAGACAAAUCAGAGGCCAGUGCAGAUACCUGGUGCUCUAUAGGGGUGCUGUACCAGCAGCAGAACCAGCCCAUGGACGCCCUGCAGGCCUACAUCUGCGCCGUGCAGCUGGACCACAGCCACGCCGCCGCCUGGAUGGACCUGGGCACGCUGUACGAGUCGUGCAACCAGCCGCACGACGCCAUCAAGUGCUACAUAAACGCCACACGCAGCAAGGGCUGCACCAACACGCCGGCGCUGACCCACCGCAUCAAAUGCCUGCAGGCUCAGUUGAGUAAUCCCCAGCUCAGUAGCCUUCAGGGUAAAAGUAAAAUGCUCCCUCUUAUUGAGGAGGCAUGGAGUCUGCCAAUCCCAGCUGAGCUAACCUCCAGGCAGGGAGGCCUGAGCAGUGCACCACAGCAGGCUUGCAAGCCCAAUCACAGUGCAGAGGGCGGGGGCUCGGGUCCGUCUCUGCCCCCUCACGUUGGGUCCCUAGGCUCGCCGGAGGACCAGUCCUGCCCGGCCAAGAGGAGGAGAGCCUCCAGCCCCGGAAAGGCUGAUUCUUGGGCCAGUAACUCAGCACAGCAGCCAGUCCCCAGCUGGUACCUCUCCCCACAGAAGCUACAGGUGCUGGAACAGUUGCGGAGUAACCGGGCCAGCCUGAAGCCCCCACAGCUGCAGAUGUUGGGGCAGCUGGAGGCUCAGCUCACCAUGAUGCAGCAGCACCAGCACCAGAUGAGACAGAACGCCUCAGGAGGUCAGGUGCGCCCCUCCCUCCCCAACGGCCCCACCACCAACUCCCUCCCUUCCCCCAACCCCAGCCUCCACGCCAUCCGCCCCCACCUGGGACCCCACCGGCCCCUGUGCCCGCCGCAGCCGCUGGCCAACGGUCCGGUGGGCCCCGGGCCACACGGACACUCAGACUCCCUCCCCGGGAGCAGUAACAGUAGUAAUAAUCAGUCAGGACCCACGGCCACAGGACCCAACGGAGACGUGCCUUACCUGCAAGCUGCCGGCGGCGGCGGCGACGCAGCACUGCUACCUCACACCUGCACAAGCACGCAAACACAGGACGCCGCGCCGCGCCAGGCCCUGCACCUAAACUCCUCUCAGGGGCUUCAGAAGGGGUCUGCUCCACAUGCGGCGAGCUCCAGUACCGAGGGGACCCCCUCUCACCCCCAGAUCCCCAACUCCACCACCUCCCUGCUCCCCAACAAUCAGGUUGGACAUUCCAUUAACGCCCCGUCGCCACGGCAGCAGCAGCAGCAGCAGCAGCAGCAGGCCCACAACCACCUCCCCUCCCCUCCCUCCCUGCCCCCCUCCUCUACCUCAGGUGGAGCAGCACCCGGUGCGCCCGCUACCAAAGAUAGCAACACAGCCCUCGCCGCGUCGCUCGGAAACGGCGGCUCCGAGGGCAAGACGCCGUCGCCGCCACCUUCGGCUGACGGCAAGGCAGAGCAGGCGGACGGCUUAGCCAAUCACGUGCACUCGGAGGAGGACGGCGGCGGCAAGGCGGCCGAGGGCGGCGAGAAGCUGAGCCUUAGCGCAGACAAUCCUAGACUAUCCGCCCUGCUGGGGGGGAAGAACCCCGAGGAGGGCGAGAGGCCGUCAGAAGGGACCGCGUCCGCGGCGUCAAGCACGCACGAGUCCCACAAGAAAAUCAACAACAUCCACCCGGCAGUCCUGCCCUCCACCCCCCACGCGCAGGGCAGCUCAGCCGCUUCCUCGCCCAUCUCAGCCAUGUCCACCGCCACGCCAUCGCCCAAAUCUACAGAACACACCCAAACAGGUGCCCAAAGCCCCGCCACCACCUCCACCUCCACAUGCGCCGCCGCCGCCGCCACCGCCACCACCACCACCACCGCCACCACCACCACGUCCACUGUUCCUGCAGUGAACGGUAACGGCAAAGGAGGAAUAUCCGAGGACUCUCAAAGCCCGCUGAAGGCCGAGCCGCCCGCAGUCACCAGCCUCAAAGCCACGCCUCCACACGGACACAGCUCUUCCUCGUCAUCGUCAUCGUCGAUAUCCAUCUACCCCAGCUCCACAGACGUGCUGAAGGCCUGCAGGAAUCUCGGGAGGAACGGUCUCUCCAACAGCAGCAUCCUCCUUGACAAGUGCCCCCCGCCCCGGCUGCCCCCUCCACCCUCACCAGUCCUGCCCAAAGACAAGCUCAACCCCCCGACACCCAGCAUCUAUCUGGAGAACAAGAGGGACGCUUUCUUCCCCCCUCUGCACCAGUUCUGCACAAACCCCUCCAACCCUGUCACAGUCAUCAGAGGACUGGCUGGAGCUUUAAAACUGGACUUGGGUCUGUUCUCCACAAAAACGUUGGUGGAGGCCAACCCGGAGCACCUUGUCGAGGUCUGGACUCAGCUCUCUCAGCCCGCAGACGAGAACUGGGACCCGAGUGGGGUCAAGAAAAUGUGGCGCUGCGAGAGCGCCCGCGCCCACACCACCAUCGCCAAAUACGCCCAGUACCAGGCUGCGUCCUUCCAGGAGUCCCUACGGGAGGAAAAUGAGAAGAAGGCGCUGAAGGAGCCGUCGGACGCGGAGCCAGCAUCUGCAGAGAGUGUUGCACGCAAAAGAAGGGGACCGUUAAAGCACAUCAAGUUUGGAACAAACGUUGAUGUGUCAGAUGAAAGAAAGUGGAAGCAGCAGCUGCAGGAGCUCAGUAAACUCCCGGCUUUCGCUCGAGUCGUAUCCGCCGGCAACCUGCUCAGCCACGUAGGCCACACAAUCCUGGGCAUGAACACGGUUCAGCUCUACAUGAAGGUGCCCGGCAGCAGGAUAGCAGGUCACCAGGAACACAACAACUUCUGUGCGGUCAACAUCAACAUCGGCCCGGGGGACUGUGAGUGGUUCGCGGUUCCCGAGCCGUACUGGGGAGUGAUGAGCAACUUCUGUGAAAAGAACAACAUCAACUUCCUGAUGGGUUCGUGGUGGCCCAACCUGGAGGACCUGUACGAGGCCGACGUGCCCGUCUAUCGGUUCAUCCAGCGUCCUGGAGACCUGGUCUGGCUCAACACGGGCACCGUGCACUGGGUGCAGGCCAUCGGCUGGUGCAACAACAUCGCUUGGAACGUGGGACCUCUCACCGCCUACCAGUACAAGCUAGCCGUGGAGCGCUACGAGUGGAACAAGCUCCAGAGCGUCAAGUCAGUGGUUCCCAUGGUGCACCUCUCCUGGAACAUGGCUCGCAACAUCAAAGUGUCCGACCACAAGCUGUUCGAGAUGAUCAAGUAUUGCUUGCUGCGGACGUUGAAGCAGUGCCAGUGGGUGAAGGAGGCUUUGACGUCCGCCGGGAAGGAGACGCUGCUGAGGCCGAGGACGAGGGACGAGCCGGCCCACUACUGCACCAUCUGUGAGGUGGAGGUGUUCAACCUGCUCUUUGUGCGCCGCGAGCUCCUGUCCAAGAAGCAGCACGUGGUCCACUGUCAGGACUGCGCCCGGAAAGGCAGCGCCACGCUGGACGACUUCGUGGUGCUGGAGCAGCACAGGAUGGACGACCUGAUGCAGGUCUACGACCAGUUCACAUUAGCCCCUCCUCUUCACUCAUCUUCAUCUUGACAUUAGGCGUCACCUCCUCCUCCUCCUCCUCCUCCUCCUCCUUCUUCUUCUUCUUCUUCUUCUCCUCCGGCUGUGGAGCCAUGACGCCCAUGUUACAGGAACUUGUAUUAAGAUUUUCAAACAAAGAACAAAACAAACAUCCACAUACGCGGACCAUUUCUGAUAUUCAGGAAAGCCGAGGCCGUCUCUCUAACCCCUCCACUCCCCCCCCCCCCCCCAUCCCCCGCGUCCCACCCCCAUCUUCUCACCGACGGCCGGAGGCUGAGGCGGCCGAGUGUGUCUGUCUAUGCAACCUGUUGUGGAGCGAAGCAUCCGGAGCCUCACCCCCUUUUGUCCAGAGGGGGGCGCCGGGCGAGCUCGCUAACAGGACUUAUUUUUCUCUCUUCUCCCUUCCCUUACCCGGCCCCCCCUCUAGUGACAAUGGUUCCGCCCUGUUUUAAUGGAGGACUUAAUCAAAAACCGGUUGGGAACAGAGGGGGGAGGAGCUUCUUAAUGCGUGAUAAAGAAUUGUUUUGUAGAUACUUGUUAACUGUCACAACUGGCAACACCACCCCGUAAAAGACUACUGACUUGACCACCUUUUUCUCCCUCUCUUCUUCUUCUUCUUUUCUUUCGAUUCUGGUAACAGGAUGAAAAGUCGACUUUGUUUUCUAGAAAUGUCACCUACAUGUUUUUUUUCCCCCCCUUCCAAGGAGCACUAGCCGGAACUUUUUCUACGGUAGAUCGUCGUUUUCAGACCGCAAAAUUCUCCCCCCCCGAAAAAAUUUGUAAUGUGAAGAGUUUAGGUGAUUUUCUUCUUAUUAUUUUUUCUUUCUUUUUUUUUUUUCUUUUUUUUUUUUUACAGCUUUUAUGUUUUAUCUUUGUCUCGUUCUUUUCAAAACUAUGUUUGUUUCUUAGGUAAAAAAAAUAAAAAAUAAAAAAAAGAGGAAAACCUUAGGAAAAAAAGCGUACUAGCCAAGUCACAAAGAGAAUGGGUUGCACAUAGACUUAUGGAAUAAAAGUUUAAUUUGUGAUUUUUUUUUUUUGUUUCUGUUGUUUCUAAUCUUGAUGUAAAUUUACACUAUUUAUAAAUACAUAUUUAUUGCUUGAAAAUAUUUGUUGAUGGAAUGCUGUUAUUUUUUCCAGAGUACCUGCCAUUCAAAAUUUGAAGGAGUUUUGUCAUUUUAACACGACUCCUCUUACAUUUUCUAUAUAUAAAUACAAAUUGCUUAGCAAGCAUUGUACAGAAACGGACAUUUAAAAUUGUUUUAUUGUUUGAAGAAUGUUUUAUGAGUCAAUAAACACAAAGUUGUCAAAUUAAA